AUGGCUUCUUCUACUCUCGCACUCACUCUCACUACUACCACAGCCACCUCCUCCUACUCCUAUCUCCCCAAAACCAAACAUGGCUUUUCAUAUUCCAGACUUAAGUUAUUCUCUUCCAAGCACCGCGCCUUCUCCGUCUCUGCUUCUGCUUCGUCUUCUUCACGUUCGCUUCAGGCUCUCAUAUUCGACUGCGACGGCGUGAUCCUCGAGUCUGAGCACCUGCAUCGCCAGGCCUACAACGAUGCCUUUGUUCACUUCAACGUUCGAUGCCCCUCUUCUUCUUCUCCGGGCCCACUCGACUGGGACGUCCAAUUCUACGACGAACUCCAGAACCUCAUUGGUGGAGGCAAACCCAAAAUGCGAUGGUACUUUAAGGAACACGGGUGGCCUUCGUCCACGUUGUUCGAGACGCCUCCGACUAAUGACGAGGACCGUGCCAAGUUGAUUGACACUCUUCAGGAUUGGAAGACCGAGAGAUACAAAGAAAUAAUCAAGUCCGGAACUGUAAAACCCAGACCUGGAGUUCUGAGAUUGAUGGAUGAGGCCAAAGAGGCAGGGAAAAAACUAGCUGUUUGCUCUGCAGCAACUAAAAGUUCAGUUAUUCUGUGUCUUGAAAACCUUAUAGGAAUUGAGCGCUUUCAAGGCCUUGAUUGCUUCCUUGCCGGUGAUGAUGUAAAAGAAAAGAAACCUGACCCAUCAAUAUACCUGACAGCUUCCAAGAAGCUUGGCAUAUCAGAGAAAGACUGCUUGGUGAUAGAGGACAGUGUUAUUGGAUUACAGGCAGCAACACAAGCAGGGAUGUCUUGCGUGGUUUCUUACACACCGUCUACAGCAGAUCAGGAUUUCAAAGAGGCCAUAGCACUCUACCCUGACUUGAGUAACGUAAGAUUGAAAGAUUUGGAAUUACUGCUUCAAAAUAUAGUAGCUGCUAAAUAG